GCCCGGGACCUACAGCGGAACCUGGAAGGUUGUCGAGCCGACUUGUUCUUAGCGACGACAGCGUUGACAGCAACCAUGGCCGGGGCGGUACCAGCCCCGGGACUCCCGGGUGCAGGAGGUCCUGUGGUCCCGGGCCCUGGCGCCGGCCUCCCGGGCAAAAGCGGCGAGGAGCGCUUGAAGGAGAUGGAGGCGGAGAUGGCCCUGUUUGAGCAAGAAGUUUUGGGGGCUCCAGUAACCGGAAUCCCAACUGCGAUGCCCACUGUCCCCACGGUCGAAGCAAUGCAAGUCCCAACAGCUCCUGUCAUCCGCCCAAUUAUCGCCACCAACACAUAUCAGCAGGUCCAGCAGACUCUGGAAGCCCGGGCAGCUGCUGCAGCCACAGUUGUUUCUCCGAUGGUGGGUGGCCCUCCUUUUGUGGGCCCAGUUGGCUUUGGCCCUGCGGAUCGGAGUCACCUGGACAGUCCAGAGGCUCGAGAAGCCUUGUUCUUGCGGCGAGCAGCUGUAGCCCCCCAGAGGGCUCCUAUCCUGCGUCCGGCCUUCGUCCCCCACGUGUUACAGAGAGCAGAUCCUGCUCUCUCUUCUGCAGCAGGUGGCCCCCGCCCAAUGGCCCUUCGGCCCCCUCACCAGGCCCUUGUGGGACCCCCUCUGCCUGGGCCUCCCGGCCCGCCGAUGAUGCUGCCACCGAUGGCGCGGGCCCCAGGCCCCCCGCUGAGCUCCAUGGCUCUGAGGCCGGCUCUGGAAGAGCCAGCAACGCCCCGAGAGCUGGGCCUAGGCCUGGGAUUGGGCCUGAAAGAGAAGGAAGAGGUAGCAGUGGCAGCAGCAGCUGGACUGGAAGAGGCUAGUGCAGCGGUGGCUGUGGGGGCAGGAGGCGCCCCAGCAGGCCCUGCAGUCAUCGGGCCCAGCUUACCGCUGGCUCUGGCCAUGCCUUUGCCUGAGCCUGAGCCCCUGCCCCUGCCACUGGAAGUGGUUCGGGGACUGCUGCCCCCACUACGCAUUCCUGAGCUGCUGUCACUGCGCCCACGCCCACGACCCCCUCGUCCUGAGCCACCCCCUGGCCUUAUGGCUCUGGAGGUCCCAGAACCCCUGGGUGAAGACAAGAAAAAAGGAAAGCCCGAGAAAUCAAAACGCUGCAUUCGCACUGCAGCAGGGAGCAGCUGGGAGGACCCCAGUCUGCUGGAGUGGGAUGCAGAUGACUUCCGGAUCUUCUGUGGGGAUCUGGGCAAUGAGGUGAACGACGACAUCUUGGCACGUGCUUUCAGCCGCUUCCCAUCCUUCCUUAAGGCUAAGGUGAUCCGAGACAAGCGCACAGGCAAGACCAAGGGCUAUGGCUUUGUCAGCUUCAAGGAUCCCAGUGACUACGUUCGCGCCAUGCGGGAGAUGAACGGAAAGUAUGUGGGCUCACGCCCCAUCAAGCUGCGCAAGAGCAUGUGGAAGGACCGAAACCUGGACGUGGUGCGCAAGAAGCAGAAAGAGAAGAAGAAAUUGGGCCUAAGAUAGGGUCUGUGGCCUGGCACCCGAUCACACCUGGCCGGGCGCUGGCUUUUCCCCACAGCUCUCUUUGGAAAAACCCCCAGUCUCCACCGCCCUUCUUCCCCAUCACCAGUUUCAAUAAAUUUACGUUCAUUUCCA